ACUCACACACACUCUAACAAAACAACACAAACUUUCCACCUUUUUAUUUUCAUUAAUUCCUUUUUCCCAACAUAAACAUGGGAAUUCGAAUUCUCAUAGUCAUGCUACUUCCAUUAUUAGCUCCUAAAUUCACAUUCUCUUCACCAGUUGCUGACCCUGAGCUCGUAGUACAAGAAGUUAAUGAGAAAAUCAAUGCAUCACGAAGGAAGCUAGGGUUCCUAUCGUGCGGGACAGGGAACCCCAUCGACGACUGCUGGCGGUGCGACCCCAAUUGGGAAAAGAACCGGCAGCGGCUGGCCGACUGCGCCAUCGGGUUCGGCAAGCACGCGAUCGGGGGCCGCGACGGGAAGAUCUACGUGGUGACGGACUCCGGCGACCACGCGGUGAACCCGCAGCCGGGGACCUUGAGGUACGGCGUGAUCCAGAAGGAGCCGCUGUGGAUCAUCUUCGCGCGGGACAUGGUGAUCCGGCUGAAGCAGGAGCUGAUGUUGAACUCGUUCAAGACGAUCGACGGGCGCGGGGCGAGCGUGCACAUCGCGGGCGGCGCGUGCAUCACGGUGCAGUACGUGACGAACGUGAUCAUCCACGGCCUCAACAUCCACGACUGCAAGCAGGGCGGCAACGCGUACGUGCGGGACUCGCCCGACCACUACGGGUGGCGCACGGUGUCGGACGGCGACGGCGUGUCCAUCUUCGGGGGCAGCCACGUGUGGGUGGACCACUGCUCCCUCUCCAACUGCCGCGACGGCCUCAUCGACGCCAUCCACGGCUCCACCGCCAUCACCAUCUCCAACAACUACCUCACGCACCACAACAAGGUCAUGCUGCUCGGCCACAGCGACACCUACAAGCAGGACAAGAACAUGCAGGUCACCAUCGCCUUCAACCACUUCGGCGAGGGCCUCGUGCAGCGCAUGCCCCGCUGCCGCCACGGCUAUUUCCACGUCGUCAACAACGAUUACACGCAUUGGGAGAUGUACGCCAUUGGCGGCAGCGCCUCCCCCACCAUCAACAGCCAGGGCAACCGCUUCCUCGCUCCCGACCGAGACGACAACAAGGAGGUCACCAAGCAUGAGGAUGCGCCGGAGAGCGAAUGGAAGAGGUGGAAUUGGAGAUCGGAAGGAGACCUAAUGCUCAACGGCGCCUUCUUCACGCGCUCCGGCGCCGGGGCGUCGUCUAAUUACGCAAAGGCAUCGAGCUUGAGCGCUAGGCCUUCUUCCCUAGUGGGAACCAUGACGGGAGGCUCGGGUUCGCUCAACUGCAGGAAAGGCAAACGCUGCUGAAUGCAUUUUCAUUUAUAUAUAUUAAUGCAACCAACCUUCCUUGACAAAACGUACACAGCCAUAGCCAUUUGGGGAAGUAAAUAAUCCUAAUUCGAAAUCCAAGGACUGCUGAGUUGAUAAAUGUAACUUUCUUGCAGUAAAGAAUUCGCUCAAUUCUUGCAA